GCACUGACCAAGCUCACUCGCCACCAUCACCUCCUCGUCUUGUUCUCUGCAUUCAUCUUCCGCUCUCUUAUAUUUCUCUAUUCUACGGACUGGAAAUAUUUGAAGUGCAUUCGCGGAUGAAGGUUUCCAAUUACAUGCAGUUGCCGUCGGCGUUGCUCGUCGCAGCGCUCGCCCUCGGUGCAGCAUCCCUGCCUGUCGACUCGGUCGAGCUGCCCGGGGCGCUCACGCCUGACAACUUCCAGGAUACUAUUGCGCAUGGUGUCUGGCUCGUCGAGCACUUCUCCCCUUACUGCGGUCACUGCCGCAACUUUUCCCCAACAUGGAGGCAGCUCGUCGAGGCAAAUCAGAACCAGUCCGACCCAGGCAUACACCUCACUCAGGUGAACUGCGCCGUCCAUGGCGAUUUAUGCAGGCAGAAUCGCGUGGACGGCUACCCCCAGAUGAACCUUUACCGCGACGGUGACUUCGUCGAGGCCUACAAGCAGGCACGCACGUUUGAGUUUCUCACCGAAUACCUCGCCAAGCACGCGGAGCCCACCACCGUCCCUACUCCCACCGCCGUUGUCGAGCCUACUUUGGAGCCUACUCCCGCACCCGUGCCAGCGCCAGCGCUGCAGGUAAACGCACCACCCGAAUACCGUGAUGAUUCGCGAUUCAAAGUUCCCGCGAAAGAUUAUAACCCGAAGGGUGCCGUGCUGUCCCUGAGCGACGAGACCUUCCGCAGCGCCGCGGACGAGGGACAUCUCUUCGUCAAGUUCUUCGCACCGUGGUGCGGCCAUUGCAAGAAGCUUGCGCCGACGUGGACGCAGCUCGCGGGUGUGAUGCAGCACAAGCUGGCGAUAGCCGAAGUCAACUGUGAUGAGCACGCCGCACUCUGCAGCGCAGAAGGCGUAAAGGGAUUCCCUACGCUCAUCUACUAUGGCGGGCAGGGCGCCGGGCGCACCGAGUACAACUCCGGGCGCAAGCUCGAGCAACUGAAGGCGUUUGCGGAGAAAGUGUCGGGCCCACCGGUAAAGGAGAUUAGGUAUGAGGACUUCGCGGACACGCUCGCCAGUGAGCCCGUGCUCUACCUCUUUCUCCAUACUCCCUCGGACACACAGAGCAGGACGGAUGUGCUGGACGCAGCGCAGGUGCUCUUCGGCUCGCCCCCGUUGUACAUAUCGACCUCGCUACAGCUGUUCGAGCAAUUCUCUGUCCCCCAAGAUGCAGCGGUCCUUCUUGCGCUGAAAGAUCACGACUCCGCACCCGUUGCGACGUACACCCUGUCGUCCGAUGCGCAGGCCACGGCAAAGGAUGGGCUCGUGGAUUGGCUUCUCCGAAACCGCAUCCCAGCAUCUCUCGAGCUUGACUCGGACACAUUCCAGGAAGUCAUGAACGCGCCGCAUCACCCGCUCGUCGUGAUCGCUGCCGCGCCCAAAACUCAACUGGAUGCUACAGCUGCGAACGUGCGCAGCCUUGCGCGCCAGUGGCGUGCCGCGGGCGGUGACGCCGGCAUAACGUUUGUGUGGAUGGACGCGGAUAAAUGGGAGACCUGGCUCAAGAGCAUGUAUGGGAUGACGGCAGUCACGGAACCGACCGUGGUGCUGGCUAAUCACUCGCGUCUCGUGUACUACGAUGCUGACCAGCUCGGCGAGCGCAUCCAGCUCACGCCGACAAGUGUCUUCUCUGCGAUCACAGGCGCACGGAACGCGACGAUACCAUACAAGCAUUCCGCGAACAUCGUGGAGCGAAUGGCUCGUUACCUCAAUGGAAAGCUUACCUCUAUCCAGGCCUUCGUCACGACCUAUCCGUGGCGCACCGCCUUCUUCUUCCUCUCCGGCGUCAUCUUCGUCAUCUUCCUUCUCAAGCGCCUCUUCAUCGACGCGGAGCCGCGCGACUACUACAACGCUCGCAAAUCCGAUAGGCUUGAUUGAUAUCCUGUAUGUACAUAUAUAUAUAUCUACUCCUGCAUAUGGCACACGAGGUAGCUCCUUUUGCAGUGGUGAAGCGUGAACGAAAGCGAUGCUUGACAAUUUACCAGUGUCUGUCCAUGCUCAAAAAAUAGAAGCCAUGAC